CACUUCAUUGGACCGAGAUGAAUAUUAGUAAGUACUAAUACUCCGGUAGUGGUCCAUUUUUUAUCUAGUUUUCAUCACACUUUUUCUUUUGGUCCGGCUGCCUGUUUUAUCUGAAUUGAGUUGGAAUUGGCGCAAGAGUCUGUAGGCGAGCUGCCUCCCAAAGUUCAGGAUUGCACCCAAGUAGAAACCAAAGGGUGCUGCAACUGUAUUAUACACAACGAUAUAGACAAAUAUCCAUAUCCAAAAAAUGGUCGCCAAAGCUACCUCCCAAGGAACCAAAGUGUCCAAACAACAAGUUCCCAAGGAGUUAAACGAAAGGUUUCCUGGCAACUACAAAAGCGAUGAUUUUGCAAAGGAGCAUAAGACUGGCGGAUGGCGCGAAGGAAUGGAUCACAGGGUUGAUCACUCAGGACAUUUCGAGUUUGGGGGCUCGUUUGGUGCCUCGGUUAUUAUUGUUGGGUCGCCGGUGUUGAUGUAUUAUCUUUGGAUUGGGGCUACCUAUUAUGAUGGACAGUUCCCAGUUCCGGAUAAGGACCAGACGUUUUGGGCGUUUGUGAAGCAGAUGUGGGGUUUAGUUUAUGUGAGUUUCUCUUUUUAUUUCUGGUUUUGCUCUUGGGGUGAUUGGAGUUGGGAGUGGAUACUUGUAUGGUCUGGUGUUUCGUGGGUAUUGUGUUUUAAUAUGUAUACCGAUACUGUCUUAAUUGAUGUUUAUCGUUUCUGUAAAAUAACAAGACUGACCUCAAAGACUAGACUGGAGCCUACCCCCACCUCAGAGCAUGGAAGAUUUACUGGACCUAUUACAUCUUCGAAGCCCUCUGCUACCUCUUCAUGCCUGGCUUCACCUGCUACGGAAAACCCCUCCAGCACCUGGGCGGCCAAAAACUUCUUUAUUACAACUCAGCAUACACCUCUUUCUACCUCACCAUCUUCGUAAUGGGCAUCUUGCACUUCACAAGCCUCUUCCCCAUCUCCACAUUCCUCGACGAGUUCGGUCCCAUCAUGUCCGUAGCCAUAAUCUCCGGCUUCCUCGCCUCCCUCUUCGCGUAUUUCUCGGCUUUUUACCGAGAUGCACAACAUAGGAUCACUGGGUAUCCAAUCUACGACUUCUUCAUGGGCGCCGAGUUAAAUCCGCGGUUCUUGUGGUUGGAUUUCAAGAUGUUUUACGAGGUGCGGAUUCCCUGGUUCAUACUCUUUGGGCUUAGUUGUGCAGCGGCCGCGCGACAGUACGACGAAUAUGGAUUUGUUUCUGGUGAGGUCUGGUUUAUCGUUAUGGCGCAUUUUAUAUAUGCCAAUGCCUGUGCGAAGGGUGAACAUCUCAUUACGACAUCCUGGGAUAUGUAUCAGGAGAAACUUGGUUUCCUGUUGACAUUUUGGAAUAUGGCUGGUGUUCCUUUUUCCUACGCACACACGAUACUUUAUCUCUCGAAUCGGGAUCCGGCUCUUUAUGCUUGGAAUAAGUACGCGCUGACUGCCUUUUUCCUCACCUAUAUAUUUGUGUACUGGGUAUGGGAUACCGCGAACGGCCAGAAGAACUCGUUCCGAAUGAUGGAGCGGGGGACCUUCGUGAAGAGACGUACUUUUCCCCAGCUUCCCUGGCAGGAAAUCUAUCAUCCCGAAACCAUCAGACUUGCAAACGGUGAUACGAUAUUCUGCGAUGGGUGGUAUGGGAUGGCAAGGAAAGUGCAUUAUUCUUGUGAUUUGUUCUUUGCGCUUUCUUGGGGCUUGAUCACUGGAUUUGACAGCCCGUUUCCGUGGUUCUAUUCGGUCUUUUUUACUGUCAUGAUCUCGCAUCGGGCUAUGAGAGACGUUCAGAAGUGUAGGGAGAAGUACGGGGAGGCUUGGAAGGAGUACGAGAGGAGGGUGCCUUAUUUGUUUAUCCCGGUAAGUUUUGUUCUUCUAUAAAUCACAGUACGGCUUGACUAAUGUAUAGUAUGUAGUAUGUCAUCUAAACUUAGCUGACUGCGCUCUUCGCUAUUUACACAUCAACCUCGGGUCUGUUCUAGCCUUUGGUUACACAUAUAUGUGCGCGAUAUUGACAAGUCUAUAAUAAUGUAACAUUAAAUUUCUGGGCUUCACUAUGCAGUAUCAAAUUUACAAGCUAAGAGUAUGCUGUAAUCAUUUCAUUUCUG